UUAAUAUUCCUUUUUCCAUUUUUAUUUUCCUUUUUAAUUUUCCCACUUUUUCUCUGCCCCCAAACACCCUACUCACUGUAUUAUUUAUAACAUUGUCUAUAUAAAUAGAUCCUCACUAUUUCUGAUUCUCGGUUUUCAGCUCUCUGUUUCUCUCUCUCUCUCUCUCUCUCUCUCUCUCUCUCUGUGGUAAAUCACACACAAACACAAAGCAAAGCGAUUGCAAACAGAAACCAAAAUACCUGAAGGAUCCAAAUCUUCAAAAAUCUCAAAUGGGUUCGGUUCCUCCUGAACUGAGCUUGGAUUUUAGACCCACUUUUGUGCCUAAAACGAUCAGUGAUUUCCUCAAGGAGGUUUCAAUGAUCGGUAGUGUAUCCGAGAGGUUGUCCAAGCUUGACGAUUUUGUUAAGCGAUUGGAGGAAGAGAUGAGGAAGAUCGACGCCUUCAAGCGCGAGCUUCCUCUUUGCAUGUUUCUCUUGAAUGAUGCGAUUCUAGCUCUGAAGGAAGAUGCAGUGCAAUGUGCGGCACCAAAUGUUCAACCAGUGUUGGAAGAAUUCAUACCAUUGAAGAAAGAUUGUGAAAAAAACAAUGGAGGAACCAAUAACAAUAAGAAAGAAAAAGACUCUAGGGAUAAGAAGAAUUGGAUGAGCUCUGUCCAGCUUUGGAACACUGAUAAUUAUCAACAUCCCUCUACUGAUUUCCCAUAUGAUCGAAAGCAAGUUUCUGAAAUUGAUUCUAAGAGAAAUGAGGCAGAAAAUGGGUUAGCAAAUGAGGAUCCCUUCCAGACAUGUAGAAAUAGGGCUGCUGGAAGAGCAUUUAUGCCAUUCAAGACAUACCCUGCUUUCUCUGUCACGGCGGCGAGGAAGGAAGAUAAGGAGGAAUUGCCAGUUCAUGGGCUGUCUUUGCUCACCCCAGGAAUCAAGAAUCCAAAGGAAGAAUCAGCUUCCAGUGGUUCAAGAUCCACUUGUGGCAGGGCAGUCUCCUUCUCUACUGCCAAUGCUCAAUCCAAUAUGCGGACUCCACCGCAGCAGCCAACUAGCCGGAAACAGAGAAGGUGCUGGUCGCCGGAAUUGCAUCGGAGAUUCGUCAAUGCCUUGCAGCAACUUGGAGGUUCACAAGUGGCCACUCCAAAGCAAAUUAGAGAACUCAUGCAGGUUGAUGGCUUGACCAAUGACGAAGUGAAAAGUCAUUUGCAGAAAUACCGACUUCACACAAGAAGAGUUCCAGCUGCCACUGCAGCCCCAGACAACCAAUCUGUAGUUGUUUUGGGGGGCUUGUGGAUGUCCCAAGAUCAAUAUGCUGAUUCUUCAAAAGCUAGUAGUUCCCAAUCUGGCUCACCCCAAGGUCCCCUCCAUUUAACUGGAACCGGUGGAGAUGAUGAAGAUGAUGAAGAUGCAAAAUCUGAAAGUUAUAGCUGGAAAGGUCACAUUCAAAAACCUGGAAAAAAUGAUGUAUAGAGUUUAUCCACCAUCAAUUUUGCAGAUAUAUUUAUACAUGGGAGGAGCCAAUGAAUAUAAAGAAAAAUAUAAUUACAUUAUACAUAAAAGGAGAAGGAUCUUGAGAGACAGACAGAGCGGCUAUGAAAUUUUGCAGGAUUAGUUUCCCUUCCCCUAUGUCUUGAGUACGAGUUUUAUUGUCUCAAAAUUGGUAUAAGAAUUUUUGGUUAGGUCCUCAUGUCCAUGGAAGAAACAAGGCCAUUUUUCCUACAUCAAGCUCAUAGUUUCCCUGGAAGUUUUAUUGUUUUAGAUUUGAAGUCUUUCAGAUGGGUUCUUGAGCAUUUCAGGUGGUGGAACAAUUCAAUCAUGAUCUCAUCUUAAAUGGACCCUGAGGGAUCUGUUUCUCUCUCAAUCUGUUGAAAACUGAUCCUGCAGCUUCAUCCCUUUUUAAUUCUCAGACUGAAGAGAGCUCCUUUGUCUAAAUUAUCUUCAGAGGAAUGAUGGAAGUAUUGGUCAAACUAUGAAAUCCAAGACGCGGAUGAAAUGUUUGAAAU